GAUGAAGACACUUACCUUACUGUUGAUCAAAGUGAGUUCAUAGGACAACAUAUCAUUGAAUGGUCAGUGAAUGGUGUCCUGUUUUAUUUGGGAGACAUUGUAGAUGAUUGGGACAUGUUGGAUAUAUUGAACAAGUUGGGUGCUGUGUGUACCGUACAUGCUACCUUACUACAACAAGGCAUGGAAGACCCCUCCAUCUUCAUCAAGGCCAACAUCAAGGGCACCCAAGCCAUCAUCGACACAGCAAUCACAGCUGGCAUCCAUAUGCUCAUCUGCACAAGUGCCACAAGUGUUGUGUUUAUUGGCACUGACAUCAUGAAUGUCAACAAGCAAGUACCCUCUCUGGAGAACCCGUUUGAUGUGUGUAAUGAUGCCCAG